CCGGAAGUGAACGGAUGACCGUCAAGUUGUUGUGAGGACGUUGGACAUUUUGUUGGCUUCCUUCCGUCAGACGCUCCUCUUAAAGCGUCUUAUUGAAUAUAUAACUGAGCUGCAUGGUCCAGAAGCACCGACAGCAUGUGGUAUGAGAUACUGCCCGGGUUGGCCAUCAUGACCGCGUGUCUCAUCAUCCCUGGAGCCGCGACGAUACAGAUCCACAAGUUCACCAACGGAGGGAAGGAGAAGAGACUAGCCCGGGUCCCUUACCAGUGGUAUCUGAUGGAGAGGGACAAGAGGGUGUCUGGGAAGGGAGAGUACCAUCAAUCCAAGGGACUUGAAAACAUUCAAUGAGAACGGCAAGAUGUCACUGCAAAAAUGUGUUGUAUAAUAAAUAUGUUUAAACCUUCAAACAA